GAGUUUGGGAACGCAGUGAAAUUUUGGAUGAGAAUUAAUGAGCCCAAUAUGCUAGCUGAGGGAGGUUAUGACUUGGGAUUUAUGCCUCCUAAGCAUUGUUCUGCCCCUAUUUUCAAUGGUCAAUUGCUCAAGAGGAAACUCUUCACUGAGCCAUAUAUUGCACUUUAUAACAUGUUACUUGCACAUACAUCUACCGCGAGAUUGUACAAGCAAAAGUAUAAGGAUAAGCAGAAGGGGUCUCUAGGUAUAACCUGUUUUGCAUUCUGGAUGGUACCUUUUACCAGCUCUGAAGAGGAUGAGACCGCAACUCAGAGAGCCAAAGAUUUCUAUAUGGGCUGGUUUGUUGAACACAAUCAUACUUGA